AUGUUAGAACUUGUGGAAGUAAGUCUGUAUUCUCACUCCAUUUCAUUAUAACAACCAGGUUUGGCUGGUAUCAUGCUUGAGAUCUUCGCGCAAUGGGCUCAUCAGUGUUGUUUUUCCUUUGCAGUUGUCUGUGGACAAGCUCAUGGAUCAGGGGAGCCCUGCCCUUGACACAAUCAAGAUGCAAGCUUACUUUGACAUGAAUUACACAUCUCGACGUAAGUGGGGGCUUUAAAAUGCUCAAAGGAUGCAUGAACCAAUGUAUCUAAUAAUGUAUGACUCAUAUGGUCUACUAACUAAACCCUAACUGUGUUGAGACAUAAGGCCAUUGUCAAGUACCUUCUAAAGACAUGGCAUGCUGGUCUUGUACCCAUUCAUCAGUUUAUCCUCAAAGGUCGUGUUUUGUGUCCCAGGUGAGUUCCUUGAGGAUCACCAGCGGGUACUUCAGUCAAGGCUAGGCCCAGUGAGUCGAGAAAUCCCCGACAGCCGAGUGAAAACACGUGAGGAUCUGGAGGGCCUUUACCAUAAGAUCGUCAGUAAUGUUCUGCUGCGCUCAGGUCUGGUUUCCCCCACAGACAUCACUACAUUGCGAGAGGCUACAGGUACCCAUAAGGACUAUUUUAUUCUCAUUUUGUACCACUAAUUAAAGGGGCAAUCCUUAGUUGCUACAUCAAUUUUUGGGACUUAUAAAUGAAUUAUAUUUACCCAUUGAUUCUUGAAGAAAAUCAAUGCCCUAUGAGCAUAGUUAACUUGUCAUACCCAAUCAGAAACCAAAAUAUAAGCUUGUUUUACUUUAGUGUUUGUAAACAAAGUAAAUUGAAACAAACACUAUAUAGCCUAAAAACAUGAUUAAAACUAUAAUGUUGAUAUCAUGGAUGGUCAGUCCUUGCACCCAUAGCUCUGUCUAUGAAUUUGAGUGGUUACAUUUCUCCAUCCCCAUCCCUCAGCUUUUUACUGAAACAGAGGCGGGAAGUACGUUUUGCUAUUGUUUAAAUUAAGGUAUCCCUAUUCACAAAGAAGGUAAAGGGCAAAAUGGUAAGUUGUAAUUACACUGGCCAUGAAAGUGAUGGUGUUUACAAUGUGGGAAUCAUCCCAUUUUCCACCAUUUAUCAUUUUGUUCCUGUUUUGCUCAUAUCUGAAUUACUGUGUGUGUUUUGCAGAUGCCUUACAAAGCAUCUUUCCCCAGUCAGAGCUGGGGACCUUCAUGUCCCUCAUAAAGAAGGUCAAGGAGCAACAGAUCAACAAGCUCAGCAUGAUUGUGACUGGCCUCUUCAACAAAGACAGCAGGAAAGGAGGAGAGGUCAUCGAUGACUGUGAGUUCCCAAACAUCAAAUUUGUUUUCUGA